ACUAGUUCACUGCGUCGUCGUCGCGCACUAUCGAAGUCAGAAACUCCGCGCGCACAGAUGACGUACGGCACCACUUGGUUCUACUGGAAACACUGGCGCUUUCUACUGGCAUCAGAUAAACAGGCUCUCCACACUCAGUUUCUCAGGUACCCAACGCUGACAGACACAGAGUGUUAGUAACAGACAUGGACAGAAGAGAGAAAAGCACAAACAUGAACUGGAACAAAGGUGGUCCGGGUGUGAAGCGAGGGUUUGGAUUUGGAGGAUUUUCCCUCGCAGGGAAAAAAGAGGAACCUAGCCUUCCUCAGAAAUCGCACACAUCAUUUGGACCCCCAGGAUCAAGUGGAUAUGGGAAGGGCCAGCAGCUCCCGUCGUUCUACAAAAUAGGGACAAAAAGAGCUAAUUUUGAUGAGGAAAAUGCGUAUUUUGAAGAUGAUGAAGAGGAGUCCGGCAGCAAUGUGGAUCUGCCGUACAUCCCAGCUGAGAACUCGCCCACAAGGCAGCAGAUGCAGUCUGGUGGUGGGUCAGACAGUGAAGAUGACCCACUGGAUGCCUUCAUGGCAGAGGUUGAGAACCAAGCAGCUAAAGACAUGAGGAAACUAGAGGAAAAGGAAAAAGAGAAAAAGUCAGCCAAGGGUAUUCGUGAUGACAUUGAAGAGGAAGAUGAACAAGAAGCCUACUUCCGCUACAUGGCAGAGAAUCCCACAGCCGGGCUGACCCUAGAGGAAGAGGAUGAAAACAUUGACUAUGACAGUGACGGGAACCCAAUCGCCCCUACCACCAAGAAAAUCAUCUUGCCGCUUCCUCCCAUUGACCACUCUGAGAUUGAUUACCCGCCAUUUGAGAAAAACUUCUACAAUGAGCAUGAAGAGCUCAGCUGCCUGAAUGGAACUCAAGUGUUGGAGUUAAGGCACAAAUUGAACUUAAGGGUAUCUGGUGCUGCCCCUCCAAAACCUUGUACUAGCUUUGCCCACUUCACCUUUGAUGAGCAGCUAAUGCACCAAAUCCGCAAGUCUGAGUACACUCAGCCCACACCGAUUCAGUGCCAGGGUGUGCCCAUAGCUCUGUCUGGACGUGACAUGAUUGGUAUUGCGAAAACUGGCAGUGGCAAAACUGCAGCUUUUAUCUGGCCCAUGCUGGUUCACAUCAUGGACCAAAAGGAGCUGGAGGCAGGAGAAGGGCCCAUCGCCAUCAUUGUGUGUCCCACCAGAGAGCUUUGUCAGCAGAUCCAUGCAGAAUGUAAGCGUUUUGGGAAAGCCUACUCUUUGCGUUCUGUGGCGGUUUAUGGAGGAGGCAGCAUGUGGGAGCAGGCCAAAGCUCUGCAGGACGGAGCAGAGAUCGUGGUGUGCACUCCGGGUCGUCUGAUUGACCACGUUAAGAAGAAGGCCACCUCCCUGCAGAGAGUGUCAUACCUGGUGUUUGAUGAGGCAGAUCGCAUGUUUGAUAUGGGCUUUGAAUAUCAGGUUAGAUCUGUUGCUAGCCAUGUCCGCCCAGACAGACAGACCCUUCUGUUUAGUGCUACUUUCCGAAAGAAGAUAGAAAGGCUGGCCAGAGACAUCUUGGUAGAUCCUAUUCGUGUGGUGCAGGGAGACAUCGGAGAGGCCAAUGAGGAUGUCACCCAGUUGGUGGAGAUGCUGCACAACGGGACAGAAAAAUGGGGCUGGCUGACCCGGCGGCUGGUCGAGUUCACAGCCUCCGGCUCGGUCCUCAUCUUUGUCACCAAGAAGGCAAACUGUGAGGAACUGGCUACUAACCUGAUCCAGGAGGGUUACAGCCUGGGCCUCCUGCACGGAGACAUGGACCAGAGUGAGAGGAACAAGGUCAUCAGUGACUUCAAGAAAAAGAAUUUGCCUGUUCUGGUGGCCACUGAUGUAGCUGCUCGUGGUCUGGACAUCCCAUCCAUCCGCACGGUGGUGAACUACGACGUGGCACGAGACAUCGACACGCACACACACAGGAUUGGUCGAACUGGUCGUGCUGGAGAGAAGGGUGUCGCUUACACUCUCCUCACCAACAAAGACACGACAUUCGCUGGUGACCUGGUGAGAAAUCUAGAGGGAGCUAAUCAAUCCGUUACCAAAGAGCUGAUGGAUAUAGCCAUGCAGAAUCCCUGGUUCAGGAAAUCCAGAUUCAAGGGUGGUAAAGGAAAGAAGAUGAAUAUUGGCGGAGGUGGUCUUGGUUACAGAGAGAGACCGGGCCUGGGGGCGGAAAGUUCUGAACGCAGCGGCGGCAGCUUGUUGUCUUCCACUAGCAGCUUUGAAGGAUACUCCAAACCCGCCGGCGGGGCGAUGGGAGAUCGCAUGUCUGCGAUGAAACAAGCCUUCCAGGCUCAGUAUAAAAGCCACUUUGUGGCUGCGUCCAGCGGCCCUCCGAAGCUCAGCACUAAGUCUAACAGCUCGUCAUGCUGGACCAGCGCCGGCAGCCUGAGCUCUGUGCCGACCGAGUCCGCCAACGGUUCAGAACGGUCCCAGAGCGCCACCUUGUCCAUGUCCAUGUCUGGCUUCACCAGUGCUGGCACCCUGAGCUCUGUGCCGCCCACCAUUCAAACCAGUUCACAGCACAACUUCCCUCCGCCUGCACCUCCCCCACAGAGAGACAUCCCACAAGAAAGACACGGGGAGGACCGCGGGCGCCACGACAGUUACCGCCACAGCGACAGGAGCGAUCGACACGGCGGAGAGGAUCGCUAUGGGGAAAGGGAUCGCCACGGGGAUAGAGACCGGGACCGCCAUGGGGACCGGGACCGCUACAGCAGCAGCAGCCGCCACAGCGAUAGUCGUAAUGGAGAUGGAAGCAGGAGGGACAGAGAAGAUCGGAGAAGUGAGAGGGACGGGGGAGACAGGGAGAGUGGGGAGGGGAGGAGCAGGGACGAUCGGAGGAGUGAGAGGGACGGAGGAGACAGGGAGAGUGGGGAGGGGAGGAGCAGGGACGAUCGGAGGAGUGAGAGGGACGGAGGAGACAGGGAGAGUGGGGAGGGAAGGAGCAGGGACGAUCGGAGGAGUGAGAGGGACGGAGGAGACAGGGAGAGUGGCGAGGGAAGGAGCAGGGAUGAUCGGAGGAGUGAGAGGGACGAGGGAGACAGGGGAGAGGGAAGGGACAGAGGAGAUGAUAGCUUUGCUGUCCCUGAACCACCAAAGCGUAGAAAGAGCAGGUGGGACAACUAAAGAAAAAAUAAACACAUCAAUAGAAUAAUAUGUGCAACCAACUGCUCCAUGAUGAGUCUGUUGUGUAGGCAGAUAGCAGAGCAUAUCGGAGGCUGACAAGCACAAGAUCGUAGGGGGGAUUUUGUGGACUAAUUGUCCUGUCAGGUUGAUUAGGACCUCAUGAUUUGGUCAGAGCUCAACAGAGAGUGUCAGACAGAUCAACACAAGCAGCUCAGCUGAGACAGUCACUGUACAUAUAUCAUCAAGACUGUUGUUGUUGUAAGUCAAUAGGAUCAAGCAAUAGGACUGUAAUGAAUCCUGCUGUCAGUAAACAAUUCAAAACUAGGAUAUGUUGGUUAUUGUCUUGUUUCCUCUCACUGAGCUCCUAACAUGCUUUUGUGCUUGCAAACCUGAAGCUUUAUUGUUUUCUAAUUCUUUGCCAACAGUGUUUUGUGUGUUUGCAUUUUGUUAAUUUACAAAGCUAACUCUAAAGCGCUCUGAUGAUUCACAGCCACACACACACACACACACAGUACAUAUUGAAACUAUGUAUAGCUCUUUUUGUGUCUUGUAUUCAAGUUAGUGAAGUGCCUUUCUUUGGCAUUUAGUCUGUGUAUGCUGUUGAACUGUUUUUCAAGAAAGAUGCAUCUGUUUGUAUUAGAGGAAUUUCAAGUGUUCAUUCACACGGGAAGGUUUUGAUUAAAAAGAGUCCUUUGGCAUCAA